AUGAACAGCAUCUGGCUAGACCCAUUCGGAACCUCGUUAAUCAAGCAUAAACCACCACCUCAUGCUGAUGCUCCUCCUGCUAAAGAACCCAAGUUACAAAUCCACUACACAUUGCCCUGGUGCCAAUUCCAAAUGCCGCAGCAACUGAUCAUUUAUAACGUGAAUGCCAAUGCCCACUUCUGUAAUCAGGCCAGGCCAGUUCCUCACUGCCAUUGCCGACACAAAGAACCUUCUGCUUCAAAGAAACCAGUAGAUGCGAAGAAGAAAAAGAAGGAAGAACAGAAAAAGAAGGAAGAAGAGAAAAAGAAGGAAGAAGAGAAAAAGAAGGCUUUAGCACUUGCUAAAGAAAAGAAAAGCAGAAUAUAUGUUCAGCUUGACUUCAACCAUCCAAGAAUGCCUCGCAAAGGAAUCUUUGAACGAUAG